CACAUUACUCAACCUCUCCACAUUACUUACCAAAAAAAACUAGCCGUUGCCUCUCCCCAUUCAAAUUCCUUACUUCACCCUUUUUUUUUUUUUGAAAGAAAAAAAAUAGUUUUAUUCCUUCUCUCUCUCACCAUUUCUUUCCCCAAAUUUUCCACCCAUUUGUUUCCGCAUCGCAAGAAUCGCGGAUUGGAGCGGAGUCGCCGAACCCUAAUUUUGCUCGGACAGAUCUCAACUUUUGGAAAGUUCAUCUGCAUCGAAUUGCACUUUUGGCAUAUAAGUCAGAACUGUCGUACCAUUUGCAGAAUAAUCUCAAUUCGGUUCGAGUAGAGAUGGGUGCGGCUAGGACACCUAGCACUCCAGCUUCUUCGAAGAUGGAGAGGACACCCAUGUCCACUCCUGGAGGUUCGAGAGUAAAAGAGGAAAAAAUCUUCGUUACUGUGAGAGUAAGGCCUUUGAGCAAGAAGGAGCAAGGUCUGAAGGACCCAGUGGCUUGGGAAUGUAUUGAUGAUCACACUAUCUUGUACACGGCCUCAUCACAGGAUCGGUCUAGCUCGCCGGCCUCCUAUACUUUUGACAGAGUAUUUGGUCCUUCUUGUUUAACUGAGACUGUCUAUGAAGAAGGAGCCAAGGAUGUCGCAUUAUCCGCACUUACCGGAAUUAAUGCUACCAUUUUUGCUUAUGGCCAGACUAGCAGCGGUAAAACAUAUACUAUGAGAGGGGUCACAGAAAGUGCUGUAAAUGAUAUAUACAAGCACAUAGGAAAUACUCCAGAGAGGAGCUUCCUUAUAAAGAUUUCUGCUAUGGAAAUCUACAAUGAGAACGUAAAGGACCUGCUGAAACCAGAUUCUGGUUCUCUUCGUCUAUUAGAUGAUCCCGAGAAAGGAACUAUUGUUGAGAAAUUGGAAGAAGAAAUUGUGAAGGAUAGUCAGCAUCUGAGGCAUCUAAUUGGCAUUUGUGAAGCUCAAAGGCAGGUUGGUGAAACAGCUUUGAAUGAUACCAGCUCCAGAUCACAUCAAAUAAUAAGACUGACGGUGGAGAGCAGCCUGCGUGAAAAUUCAGGCUGCGUCAAGUCCUUUGUAGCUAGCCUGAAUUUUGUUGACCUAGCAGGCAGUGAGAGAGCUGCACAAACUAAUGCAAAUGGCACUAGACUCAAAGAAGGGUGCCAUAUAAACCGUAGUUUGUUGACUUUGACGACUGUUAUCAGAAAGCUCAGUAUUGGGAAAAGAAGCGGCCAUAUACCCUACCGAGACUCAAAGCUAACCCGCAUUUUGCAACUAUCUCUUGGAGGGAAUGCGAGGACCGCCAUUAUCUGUACCAUGAGUCCAGCACUUAGCCAUGUAGAGCAAUCUCGAAACACACUCUUCUUUGCGACCUGCGCCAAGGAAGUUACCAAUACUGCACAAGUUAAUAUGGUUGUAUCAGAUAAGCAGUUGGUUAAGCACUUGCAGAAGGAAGUUGCUAGAUUAGAAGCAGAACUGCGCACCCCAGAGCCCUCUACAUGUUCCGAGGCUAUUCUGAUGGAGAAAGAAAUGAAAAUAAAGAAGAUGGAAAUGGAAAUGGAAGAAUUAAAGAGGGAAAGAGACCUAGCACAGUUGCAACUGGAUGAGCUGCGAAAGAAAGUGGGGGAUGAUCAAACAGGGUGGAAUCCAUUUGAUUCUGCGCCACACCGUGUGGCAAAAUGCCUUACAUUUUCGGGCCCAUCACCACAGGCUGGCCGCAAGGGUGGGGCUCGAAACCCGAUAAGGCAAUCAUCGACUGCUCCCUUCGUGCUAAGGCAUGAAAUCCGUAAGCUCGAGCAGUUACAAAGACAACUGGGAGACGAAGCCAACAGAGCUCUUGAAGUGCUUCAGAAAGAAGUCACUUGCCACAGACUUGGGAAUCAAAACGCAGCUGAAACUAUUGCCAAACUUCAAGCGGAGAUCAGAGAAGUAAGAGCCGUUCAAUCGGUGAAUAAGGAGUUUGAAGUUAAAGAUGUAUUGCAUAAUCAAGAAGCCGCCAACCUCAAAGAGGAAAUCAAUAGGCUUGACUCACAGGGUGAUACCAUUGCCAAUCUCGAAAUCCAGCUAGAGAAUGUACAAAAAUCAAUCGACAAGUUAGUAAUGUCUCUACCCAACAUCACUACAAUUAAUGGGACUACCCAAAAAUCUUCAAAGCCCAAGAAAAAAAUGAAGAUGCUUCCUUUGGCCUUGAGCAGCAAUAUAAAUAGGCCACAUAUUAUAAAAUCACCAUGCUCUCCUCACUCUUCUUCGAAGAGUGUUUUGGAAUUGGAGGUUGAGAAUAGGGUUCCUGAGAGUGAUAACUUGUCUGAGAAGUACUUUUCGGGUUCGGAGAAAGCCACUCCGACUAAGAGCGAAGAUGGCGGGGAAAUCUCGUCGAGGGAAGGCACACCAGGUUAUAGGAGGUCCAGUUCGGUAAACAUGAAGAAGAUGCAGAAGAUGUUUGAAAAUGCAGUGGAGGAGAACGUUAGGAGCAUAAGGGCUUAUGUUACCGAGCUUAAAGAGAGGGUAGCUAAGCUGCAGUACCAAAAGCAGCUUCUUGUGUGCCAGGUGUUGGAAUUAGAAGCAAAUGAGGCUGUGGGAGAUGACGCGGAAGAAACAGAAGAGAAUGUCUCAGAUGCACAAAACUCUCCUGAUAAUUGGCCUACGACAUUUAAAGAGCAAAUGCGGCAGAUAAUCCAACUAUGGGACAUCUGCCAUGUGUCAAUCAUUCAUAGGACCCAGUUCUAUUUGCUCUUCAGAGGUGAUCCAGCUGAUCAGAUUUACAUUGAAGUGGAGCUAAGAAGACUGACAUGGCUGCAGCAGCACUUUUCUGAAGUGGGUGACGCUAGCCCUGCAUAUAAUGGAGAUGAGUCUGUGGCUUCUCUAUCUACAAGUAUCAAAGCACUGAGGCAAGAGAGAGAGUUCCUGUCUCGAAGGGUGAGCUCACGACUAACCGAAGAAGAGCGCGAGCGGCUCUACAUCAAGUGGGGGGUCCCCCUCGAGGGUAAGCAAAGGAAGCUUCAGCUUGUGAAUAAGCUCUGGACCGACCCGACAGACCCGGUUCACAUCGAGGAGAGCGCUGACAUAGUAGCAAGACUCGUGGGCUUCUGCGAAGGAGGAAACAUCACUAAGGAGAUGUUCGAGCUCAACUUUGCUUUGCCAACCAGUAAGAAGCCGUGGCUUCUCGGGUGGCAGCCGAUAUCAAACUUACUGAGGCUGUGAUCGGCUUCUUCCAGUAAUUUGUAGUGGUCUGCUGUACAUAGAUUUGAAUUUGCUAUUGCGAGUUAGAGUAGUGGUUACAGAAUCUGCAUUGAGUACUAGUGUAGUUGACUGUGAGAUGUAGAACAUUCUUUUGCAGCAUAAUUCUCAUUUUUGUUUAAUGGUGUAUUUGGUACAAAUAACCAAUUUGAUUGUGGAAUUAGGGGAACAAAAAUUGGUCACUCUUUUCCACUUCUACAUAUAUGGAAUUACUUUCUA